AUGGUCUACCAGUGCCACCUCACCAAGUUUGUCAUACUUCGAACUCCUGCCAUACUGCAAAGUGACAAUGGUUCUGAAUUCACAGCUAAAGUCACCUCAGAAUUGAAAGAACUUUGGCCACAACUCAUCAUGGUCCAUAGUAAACCAAGACAUCAACAAAGCCAGGGUUCAGUAGAAAGAGCCAAUGGUGACAUCAAGGACAUGUUGCAUGCAUGGAUGACAGACAACAAGACACAGAAUUGGUGUGUUGGCCUUCGUUUAGUUCAACACCAAAGGAACUCUGCUCAUCAUUCCGGUAUCAAGCAUACUCCAUUCAAAGCACUGUUUGACACUGAUCCUAGGGAUGACUUGCUCGCCCUCUUUGCUGCCCUUGAGAAGAUGAAGUUUUUGCUCAAGAUCCCAGUCUCCACAAGUAUCUGCAACACCUGCUCUAGUCUCUCAGCCUACACCUGCUCAAGACCCCCGGUCCAAACCAGCAUCUGCAGCACCAGCCUCCACCUCUCAGCCAACAGGGAGGCACAACUCUCCCAGGUUGAACGCAUGGUGAAACGCAACCUGAUAGACAUCAAGGCAGGGGAAGAAGGGGACAAUAUUGCUGUCCUCAUCCCCAUGUUUGAUAUUUGUCCUCAGAGAUUUCUUAUUCUGUCUGAUGUCAACCAAGAAGACCUGGUUUCCCUACGACAGGCUCUGAAGAAAUCAACUACUGGUGGACAAGGAUUUGUCAAAUAUGAUUGUGCUGCAAAUACGAAGUGUUGUAAUAGCAGAUGUUAA